AACACGUACAAAUCUCCAUGACUACUUUGACUUUUAAUUAUAAAAAAAAAAAAAAAGGCUUUAUUGAGCAUGCACGUGAUGUGUUAAUUACGUAGGCUACUGAUGUACAAGCAUCGCUGCCUCUUUAUCAGCACACAAUAGAGAGACGAGAAAUGAGAAGAAACCGAUCCGUGACGUCUCCCCCUCGAGCCACCGGGAAGUAAUUGUGUCUUGCCAAAAACCGGGGCGGUCGCCUCUCAGAUCCCCUCCCGCCGAUUGGUCAGAAGCAUAGGUGUGUCAGGAGGUGUGUGCGCCAUGUCGUCGUCCACCCGUCGCUACGUUGUUUCCUGCAGAAGAUGAACGGAGCUUUGACAGCGCGGAGGAAGAAGGCAAACGGAGCUGCGGAUCUGCGUGUCGGUGCGUCCCGGGAACAAACAUCUCCUUCCUCCGGUAAUAGACAGGCGUCCAUCCCGGCAACGUCAUCUGGAAAUGUUUCGGACAGCACCCUCUGAGUCUGGUGAGUGAGGGGUUGUCCUCCAAGGUUAGGGUCCCUGUUCCCCAACAUGGCAGGGGAUCUCUACUGCCCCCCAUCCCCACUGGGGGAUUCCCUCCUGGACAGCCCGCUGUGUGGAGACCUGAUGGAGGAUCUUCGUGACAUCUCCCAGUCCAUAGGAGGAGACACACUGGGAUUUGAUUUCCCGGAGUACCAGAGCACUGGAUCAGGUUCAGAGAGCUCCAUAGGACUGGACACCUUGACCCCGGCCUCCAGUCCGUCGUCGGGGGUGUGUGGAGCAGCGCCAGGCCCCGAGGAGAACCUCAGCCCCCUCAGCCUGGAGUGCAGGGUGUGCUCAGACAAAGCGUCAGGCUUUCACUAUGGGGUGCAUGCCUGUGAGGGCUGCAAGGGUUUCUUCAGGAGGACCAUCCGGCUAAAGCUGGAGUAUGACAAGUGUGAACGCAACUGCAAAAUCCAGAAGAAGAACCGCAACAAGUGCCAGUACUGCCGAUUCCACAAGUGCCUCUCUGUGGGCAUGUCCCACAACGCCAUCCGGUUUGGUCGGAUGCCCCAGGCGGAGAAGCUGAAGCUCAAGGCGGAAAGUAAGAUGGUAGAGAAAGAGGAGGCAAGCCCUAUGCUGUCCGACCACAAGAUUCUGGUGAGGCAGAUCCACGAAGCCUACAUGAAGAACUUCAACAUGAACAAGGCGAGAGCUCGGCUCAUACUCACCGGAAAGACUAGCAAGCCGCAGCCGUUCAUCAUCCACGACAUGGAGACGUUCCAGCUAGCAGAGAAGACCUUAGCGGCCCAUAUGGUAAACAGUGACUAUCUGGAGCCGGACAGCAGCCUUCAAGCUGGAGAUGUAGUUCCGGCUUUGGGGUGCGGGGAGCUCCAGCAGAGGGAGGCUGAAGCCAGGCUCUUCCACUGCUGCCAGAGCACCUCGGUGGAGACCGUCACAGAGCUGACGGAGUUCGCCAAGGCGGUGCCAGGUUUCCAGAGCUUGGAUUUAAAUGAUCAGGUCACUCUCUUGAAGUACGGUGUUUAUGAAGCCCUCUUCACCCUCCUGGCUUCCUGCAUGAACAAAGACGGCCUCCUGGUGGCCCGCGGCGGAGGCUUCAUCACCCGUGAGUUCCUCAAGAGCCUCCGGCGGCCAUUUAGCGACAUGAUGGAGCCCAAGUUCCAGUUUGCCACACGCUUCAACUCCCUAGAGCUCGACGACAGUGACCUGGCCCUUUUUGUGGCUGCCAUUAUCUGCUGCGGAGACCGUCCAGGCCUGGUGAAUGUGCCUCUUGUGGAGCAGCUGCAGGAGAGUAUCAUACAGGCGCUACGGCUCCACCUGCUGGCCAACCAUCCAGACGACACCUUCCUCUUCCCCAGACUGCUGCAGAAACUGGCUGACCUCCGUGAACUGGUUACUGAACACGCUCAGUUAGUGCAGGAAAUCAAGACAACAGAGGACACGUCGCUGCACCCACUCCUGCAAGAGAUAUACAGGGACAUGUACUAAGAAGCUAACACAUGGUCAUGUAUGGGGACAUGUAUUAAAAUGUUAAUGUAUGCCAGGUAAAAUGCUCAAAUCCGGGUGUACAUAAACAUUUACUAUCAUGCAUAUCAAUGUACUGUAUGUAGCUUAUGUAUCUGUUUCUGGAUGCGCAGCGCUGUGAUCUGCUGAGGUUGUAUUUAGACCAUGUGACACUAAAACUGUACUGCAACAAAACAGGAAAGGCAGCUCUUGUAGGUGGCUGCUUCAAUGAAAGGGGGGACAGUGGGAAACACACUUUUUGAAAUUACACCAUCUAUGUGUACUGAUAUUUUCAAAUGCAGUAAUUUGUACUUACAACACCCAGUUUGCUGUGGGUGCAAGCUUUUAACCUACAGACUCAAGUACUAAACAGAUGUUAAACAGGGAUUAGGCUAUGCAAAUAUGCAUAGCAUUUAAAAUGGGUGUACAAAUUAUAAAGAUACACAGACAUGACUGCUACACUCAUGUAUGCACUGAAGCUAAAUACUCAUAGUGCCUGUGAACGAUGCUGAAGCGAAGAAGCUGCUGAGACUCAAAAUCAAACAUAUUCACACAUAUUUAAUAUUAUUUAAAAGGACUUUGGAUGUGUCUAAUAUCACUGUUAUAUCCUUGAAUGUGUAUCAGUGCCUUACUGAAGUGGCCUCGACCAUUUUGAGAUUAAUGGAUUCAUGAAAGACGUGUCGUAAUGUUUCCUUGGCUUAGUCUCAUAUUUGUGUUUCCUUUAUUUUGACCACCCCUUAUACAUUCACCAAAUACAUAAAAAUACAUUAUAAAGUAUCUUUUUAACCAUAGGGUAGAUUUAUAACUACUUAAUGUUGGACCAGGGUUGAACCACGUUCUCAUACAGUAUUAAAUUGUGAACAGUGGUGCAUUUUUAUCAGGAACUUACCUGCAAGGAGCCUGUCUUCUACUGUAAUCAUUUGAAAACACUGCAAUUUCACGGGUCAUGUGUUAAUAUUAAUCCUUCAUUCUACUGCCAAAAAUUAACACAACAUCAUAGCUCACUUUUAACCUAUUGUUCCAGAUCAGUGUUACUGAGUACAAAACAUUUCGUACAAAUCCUGCCAUCAAAACACCUUUUUUUUUUUCAAGAAAAAAACCCCAGUAUUGGCCGGUAUUGAGUCGCUUGUUUUGACCACAAACACAAUAAUCUGUUGAGCUGGUUUCUGUAUUAUUUUGUAAAUAUAACAAGAAUGUGGUGACCGCAGGGAAAGGGAUGUGUGUAUCUGCAGGUCUCACUAAGGGGAGCUGAUGGGCCUUAUUUACUGGACAUAGACUUCACCUCCUCAUGUAGAACUGAAAUGUUAUUUCUUGUAAUAAUGAAACUGUUAAUGUUUUUUUUUUUUUUUAUCAUAGGUGUACAAUAAAAAAUGCAUUUGCUGUUUCAAUAUGUGAUAGCCUAAAAUAAAGUAAUAUAUUUUAACUGUCA